CAGGUGCCUGUGAUUUGACUGUGUGUACUAUGGUUAAAGAAAUUUAUAUUUGUAUUUCAGUUCUUGUGAGGAAAAGAUGGACUGAAAAAGUCACAUACUUGAGCACAAGUAUUUGGUCUCAGAAGCUAUAUUUGCAGAAAAUUGAACUGGGGACAUGGCAGACAUUGACAGACCUAUUACACAGGUUGCCAUAGUAACAGAUCCUGCUAGAUGUCCUCCAGGAUUUACUCUGAUUGACCGUACCUACGAUCGUAAAGAGGAUGCUGAUUUAUGGAGAGACGGUCUCUUCGGAAGAAAAGUGGUGCGUUUCCUCUGUGUGGAGAAAAUGCCACCCUCACCGGGUAGGGAUGUACUGGUGGAUGUGACGGUGAUUGGAGAGAGAGACGCCAUACCAGCUGGAUUUACAUGUGUAGAUUUCACCAGCGAUACACGUGAAAAGGCUGUCAAAAAGAAGAUGCUUUGUGUGCGUUAUAUGUCCAGUGACUUGACCAAUGAUGCCAUAUGUGAACUAAUCCUUCUAAGCAAAGGAGUGAGACGCCCCCCCAAUGGUUAUACACUGGUGGGAGAGCUGAAUUACAUGGGUCUGUGUUAUAAAAUGUCCAGCUUUCGUAAACCUGGGGUUCAAAUGGAUGCCCACCAAGGCCAGUCCAGUGAGCCCACCUUCCACACACAGGGCUACUCUACAGCCCAAUCCACAUCAAUGAACAUGUCAGGUCUGGGUUCUAAUUUACCCUACAACCCGACUCCUUAUAAGAAUGGUCCAUUGGAGAGAGGGACAAGUUUUGCAGAGACAGCAAAUACCCUACAAGGUACCCCAUCAGUGACAGUCAUUUUAUUUCUUACAACUAACUUAUAUGUU